AUGGCGCUGAUUUGGGUGCUGCUCUUCUGGCUCCUGCCGCAGGUCAGGCAUGAGUCACUGAGAUCGAAGUGCCUCUUGCCCAGACCCUUCCAGCUGCAGGAGGCCUAUUACAAGCCAGCAGACCUCACUGUUGGGGGGAUCUUGCCCCAUCUCAAGUCUUCAGUCACAGAAACGACCUUUGCAAAACCUCCCAGAAAUGUCUUUGUUGCACGCCCAGUUGUCAAAAACUAUCAGCACAUCCUGGCCCUCGUAUUUGCCAUCAACGAGAUCAACAAGGAUCCGCUCCUCCUCCCCAACAUCACGCUGGGCUUCCGCAUCUAUCAGGACACCUACUUUGCAAGAAUGACCUACCAGGCUGGCCUAUCCUUUCUCUCCACCGGCAAUCAAAUGGUCCCCAACUACAGAUGCAGCAGAGAAGAGAAACUGGUGUCAGUCAUUGGAAGCCUCUACUCCAGAAUCUCACUGCAAAUGGCCUCCAUCUUGGGCAUCUUCAAGAUCCCACAGAAGUUGAAAUCAUCCCGGCUGGGCAAAUGCCUGGUGGAACAGGUCCCUUUUGCCGGCCCUGUGGAAACUUUGUAA